CCCGGUUUGAUCGCCAGACGUCGGAAAACGCAGUGACAUCAGAGACUGCGUAAAACGUCGGCGUGACAUGGGGAAGGUAUCUGCAAUGGGUGAGCGUGAUGCCGGCGAGGCCGAGCGGCGGCUGCUCGAUUGCAUCCUCGGUCAGCUUUAUCAGUACGAGGAAGCUGAUGCGGAUAGAAAGAAGAAUAAGAAACCAAAACUAAAAGGUAGAAAAAGCAAACUAAAGGAAACAGAGGAGAAAACGUUUGGCUCUGAGCCUCAACCAGUGCUACCCACUAAUGGAGAGCCCAGGACAGGUGAUUUCCACACAAAGAAAAGGCUGAUCUCUUCUGGUCAGACUCCAAAGUGCCUGGAAAGGCUGCAUCAAGAGCUUCUUGAUUCUGAGGAUGACUGGACAGCAAGCACAAAGGACGAGGGAGGAAAAGAGCUGGAUCGUCAGACUGUAUCCGUGGGCCAAAAGAGGCCAGUGGAAGUUGUAUGCUUCACGGAUGCUCGCAAGAAAGAGAAGCCUCCACCUGUCACAGAGCAGCUCAAUAAAGUGACAGCUACAGCUGAGGAGAACAACAUGAAACAAAAUGCAUUCAGUUUGGAGAGGGCCCGUCUGGAAGUGCACAGAUUUGGCAUCACAGGUUACAAAAAAGAAGAACAGAGGAUUUUAGAACAAGAAAGAGCCAUUAUGCUUGGUGCUAGGCCCCCAAAACGCGAAUAUGUAAAUUAUAAAACUUACCAGGAAAGGAUGAAAAAUAAGUCUACAGUGAGACAAGUGAAAAUGAAUGCAAAAUUGGCCCCAUCGAGGGAAAAGAAAGUAGAUGAAAGGCGGAACAAAAAGGCUGACAGGUCCCUCACUGGACAGCUGGGAAGAUUUAAAAAUGGAGCGUUAAUCCUCAGUGACAGUGACAUCAAGAAACUCAAAAGCAGUUUGUCAAAACGCACAUAGUUUUGUACAGUUCCAAAUGCGUGGAAAAAUAAAUUAUUAUAUGCAGACAUGGCA